CUCUCCCUCUGUCUCUCUCUCUCUCUCUCUCUCGACCUCGACCUCGAUAUAUGUAUAGUUACAUAUAUCCACUUGAACACCUGACGGACUGAGAUGCUAAGGAACCUACGUGCACGGCGGCGACCCCGCUACGGCGCUCACCUGUGCGCCUUGAUCGCCGCCCUCCUACUCCUCCUAUCAGUGUCUAUCCUCCAUAGCCGCCUCGGAUCCGACCGAGGAGGAGACUCACGUAAUCGCCACUACCACCUAAUAUCCGCCGACGACGUCGUUCUCGAUCCCUUACUCGGUGACGCCGAUCCCGACGACGCACGUUCCCUCAAUAAUAAAUCGGACGACCGCAUUGACGAGCUCGACGAAGUCGUCCAGGUUUCCAAUGCGGAAGAGAUUCUCGGAGGGGGGGUAGAUUCGGAAGAAGAAGAAGAAGUAGGCGGAGCCGAUCAGUCCUAUAAGGUUUCUAAUUACUACUUCGAUCAUAUCAACGGCGUCAUCCGACGCGGUUUCGAUAAGCGCUCCAUCGAUCAGUGGGAGGAUUACGAGAGCUUCGAUGCGAAUUUAGUAGGGAUUGAGGAUCAAAGCAAAGUUGCCAUCGGUUCCGAUGACGUGGCAGUGGACGAAGGGGUGAGGAGGAAGGUGGUUGAGGUGAAGGGGAUUGAGGACUUGCUUUUGUUGAAGACUGGAGGUAGGGUUUCGAAAUUGAGGGAAGGUUGGGGCCCUUGGUUUGAUGCCAAGAGUGAUUUCUUGAGGAGGGAUAGGAUGUUCAAGUCCAAUUUGGAGGUUCUGAAUCCACUGAAUAAUCGCCUUUUGCAAGACCCUGAUGGGGUUGGGGUAACUGGGCUGACUAGGGGCGAUAAGCUUGUUCAAAAGGGCUUGUUGAAUGAAUUCAAGAAAGUGCCAUUUCUUGCCAAGAAACCACUAGGGAUAGAAGAUUCGGAUUUGAAAUCUGAGGUGCUAGAAAAGGAUGUGAAGGCCACAGAAGUUGAUAGUGUUCAGCAAGGAAGGAGCCAAAUGAAGAGGGUAGAGAGACGGACCUUGGAUGAAAAUGCUAGCAAAAUUUCCUUUAAUAGUGGGAUUGGUGAUGGUAGUGAAGCUUUGAGUGAAACAGCUAAUAAUUUGCCAUUGAGGAGUCAUAGGAGUAAGGGAAUUGAACAGAGAACUGUGGAAAGUCGUAUUGGCAAGGUUUUUGAUUCGUCUACUAGUGAUUCGGUUCGAUCAGGUGGCUUGAAAAAGGUGGAAGCUAAUGGUGGGAUUCGUUCUGAGUUGUCUGGUCAAGUAUAUGCUAAUGGAAAGAGAUGGGGCUACUUUCCCGGUUUGCAUCCUGGGCUAUCUUUUUUGAACUUUAUGGAUGGAUUCUUUAGGAAAGGGAAGUGUUCUAUGAGGGUUUUCAUGGUAUGGAACUCUCCACCAUGGAUGUUCAGCGUUAGGCAACAACGAGGUCUUGAAAGCCUUCUGUUUCAACACCGUAAUGCUUGUGUAGUGGUGUUCUCUGAGACCGUUGAGCUUAACUUUUUCGAAGGAUUUGUGAAAGAUGGUUUCAAAGUAGCUGUUGUCAUGCCAAAUCUUGAUGAGCUCUUGAAGGAUACGCCCACCCAUAUAUUUGCUUCAGUCUGGUUUGAAUGGAGAAAGAUAAACUUGUAUGCUACUCACUACAGCGAACUUGUACGGCUUGCUGCUCUCUACAAAUAUGGUGGACUCUAUCUUGAUUCUGACAUUUUGGUAUUGAGACCACUGUCUUCACUUAAUAACACUGUUGGCUUGGAGGAUCUGCAAGCUGGAAGUUCCCUGAAUGGUGCUGUGAUGUCAUUUGGAAAGCACAGUCCUUUCAUAAUGGAGUGCUUGACUGAGUUUUAUUCUACAUAUGACGAUAACCGCUUGCAGUGGAACGGCGCUGGACUUUUGACAAGAGCAGCCAGAAAUUUCUUGAGAAACAAGAAUGCUUCUGACAAUAGGGUAGAGCUUGAAUUGCAACCUUCUUUCAUCUUCUUCCCUGUUAGCCGGAACAACAUUAUAAGGUACUUCUCUGCACCUGCAACAGAGUCUGAAAGAACUCAACAAGAUGAACUGUUUCAAAAGAUGGCAGAUAAAUCAUUCACAUUUCAUUUUUGGAACAGCUUAACAUCUGCUCUAGUUCCAGAGCCCGAAAGCCUUGUAUCCAAGCUUCUUAACCGUCACUGUAUCCGAUGUUCUGAUGUGUUGUAGUUUUCGUGAUACCUAAAAUUUCUCAACAUAAUGCUUAAAAGCAGAAUGUUGGAUUGCAAUAUCACAGAAGCAUCCUUUUGUCCACUGCCUAUGCAACUGAAGCUGAAAGCUAUGAAGCUCAUUGCAGCCGUGGAGAUCGAACAGAUCUAUGACAACCGAUGGUCCAAAGUAAUUUCUUUAUGCACGAUACUAGAUGAAGUUUGUUUGCUGAGUGCAUCACAUCCUAACAACCAACAUAGAGAAUGUAAAUGUAUCAAAACUUGGAGAAGAAUCCUUUUUUGGUUCCCGCAAGUAAGCUCUCUCUCCCCCGAUCAAGAAGAAAGCAUAAAGCUAUUUAUGAUUACUUCCCGAAAAAAAGCAGCUAUUUGUGAUUAUUUUGGUUUAGUGGUUGAAACUCUACUUAUUAAUUUUGAGGUGGGGAGUUCAAUUAUGAUGUGAGACACUUUGUGCAUUUAAAAGUGAGUCUUUUUAAUCUCAUGUCCCAUUGAAGUGUCCAA